AUGGGGCGCCGGUCAAGGCUGCGCCGCGGCGGCCGGGCAAUCACCGCCAUACCGGGGGGCUUCCUCCACCUCACCCUCCUCGCCUCCCUCCGCCGCAGGCCCUCCCUCCAGGCGCACGCGCAGCUCCUCCUCCUCGGCCUCCCGGUCCCGGCGCCGACCGCCUCCCGCCUCCUCCGCCCGCACCUCCGCUCUGGGAACCCCUCCGCCUCCCUCCGCCUCUUCCUCCGCGUCCUACGCGACCGCCGCCCCUCUCCCCCCGACUCCCCGGAGGCCGUCCCUGACUCCUUCUCCCUCUCCGCCGCCCUCGCCGCAUGUUCCCGCCACGCGUCACCGUCACCCGGCUUCUCUAUCCACGGCUUCAUCCUCAAGUCCGGGUUCGCCUCCGACGUCUUCGCCGCCAAUUCGCUACUCAACUUCUAUGGCUCCUUCGGUCUCCACUCCCUCGCGCGCAACCUGUUUGAUGAAAUGCCGGUCAGGGACACCGUCUCGUUCAACACUCUGAUAAGUUCAUAUGUGCCGUCCUGCUGUAUUAACGAUGCAUUUGAGGUGUUCAGGAUUAUGAAGGAGCGCGGGUUCAUGCCGGAUGGGUGGACCGUCAUGGCGUUGCUUAGUGCAUGUGCUGAGUCGCGGGAGUUAAGGACAGCAAAAGCAGUGCAUGGGGUUGCUAGGAGGAUGCUACAUACACAAUUGUUCGAUUCAGGGGAAGUGGUAAACGGUUUGGUGGACGUAUAUGUGAAGUGCAGGGCCAUGGCACUUGCCAGGAAGGUUUUUGAUUUGGCAGGGGAGAAGGCAAGGGAUGCAAGGUUAUGGACCACCAUGGUGUCAGGGUAUGCAAAGGUUCAGGAGUUUGACAUAGCUCAAGUGUUAUUUCGUGAGAUGCCAGAGAAGGAUACAAUCGCCUGGACGGCUCUGAUCAGUGGGUUUGUCCGAGCAGGGAGGUACAAGGAGGCAGUGGUGUUGUUUGAGGAGAUGGAUGAGGCAGGCUUUGAGGCAGAUGAAGCAACAGUAGUUACUGUGCUGUCAGCUUGUGUUGGUUAUGGUAACAUUGAUCUGGCAAAGAGGCUGCAUCAUCGCGUGGGGCGUGGUCUGAUUAGCAGAAAUGCAAAGCUUGCUACUACUUUUGUGGACAUGUAUGCAAAACAUGGGUGCAUUCAAACAGCUCAGGAUGUGUUUUCUAGUGUUGAUGAUGAUCUUAAGACCUUGGAGUUGUUCAAUGCUAUGAUAAAUGGACUUGCUCGGUGCAAAUUUGGCGAGAAAUCCAUUGCACUUUUUCAUCAAAUGGAAUCACUUGGGAUCCACCCUGAUAAGAUAACGUUUAUUGGCAUAUUGUCUGCGUGCAGACACAAUGGAUUUGUGUCGCAAGGGUUGCGUAUAUUUGAUUCAAUGGUGGAGAAGUAUGGUGUCAAACAGGAGAUUGAGCAUUACGCUUGCAUGGUUGAUCUUCUUGCGAGAGAUGGACAACUUGACGAUGCUUACCUUUUUAUCCAGAAAAUGCCUUUUAAAGCAAAUUCUGUGGUGUGGUCAUCUCUUCUGAGAGCAUGUAUGGUUCAUGAUAAUAUUAGGAUCAGAAAGAUUGCAGAGGAGCAACUUCUUCAGCUUGAUCCUAACUACAAACCUGGUAAUCUCCCCUUGUCAAACUUAUUUUCUGUCGGGAAAAGAAAAGAGCGAGCUGCAAGGUUGAGAAAGUUUAUGAACCACAAGCCUGUGUCUAGGCGUACCAAAUAAUAGAACAUAGCUAAGAGUGCAAUAUCAGGCCAAGCUGAUUUUCUUUAUGCUUGCCGAGGAAGCUGAUCUUUACAGGACGGUAUGAAUGGGGGGAUAAGAUUGCUCACCACAGAGAGAUGGUUACUAGAGCAUUUAGGUUUGUAAGUUCAGCCCCUGAAUCCCCAAUAAACUUGGGAUUUGUGGUAGUAAAUUUUAGUAAUCAUCAAUCAGUGUUCAAGAAUCUGCUAAAACAUUUCCAAUGGAGAUAUAUGGGCAAAUAAAAGGGUAAGCUCGAUGAAACAGAAACAAGAGUCAUGCACCUGCAUUGACGGUGGUGAUGGCAAUGGGUUCUCUAGCUGUGGUUUGCCGUUUGUAUGUGUGCACAUGAAAACUGAACCAGAAGCAGCCAGGUUAAUCUGCUGACACAUAAGUCACAGCUUCUGAAAUUACUGCACGGCAGCCCAGAAGGGGAAAAAGGUUGCAGGAGAAUUUUUGGAGCUAUGUUCUUCCAUAACUAUUCUAUUUACAGGUUAGCAAUUUUGUGAGUGUUCUUUCUCCAUGGUACUACCUGUGAUAUAUUAAUUCUGAUGUUGAAGCUAUCUGUUUGAAGCCAGCAGCUAUGAUUGUCAUGGAAUAGCUAGUAACUUGAAUGGGAUAUGAGGUCAUCCAAAUACUUUGCGUUCUGUCUACAAGUAUCUAGCCUAAUUGAGUUUAUCAAAACCAACAAGUCAUCAUUCAUAGAUUGACAGCUGACCUGAUUUUGUCAAACUUUAUGUCUGAAAGGCUCCAGUCUUUUACUUCAUCUUUCAAAUACACACUCAAAAUAAUGAAAGAUAAGAGCAUAGAAGGGAGCUGACAGUUUGUUGCAAUGGUAAACUCCAGUUUUUUACUUCAUCUUUCAAACCCACACUAUCAGAUCUCUGUUUUCAGCCAUAAGAAUGUCAAGGAGGCGAUGACCAACCACAGCAAGAGCUAACUUUUUUGUUUGCUGCUUCAACUGUUGCUCAGUAUAACAUGCAAGCAUACUCUUUAGGAAGAAUUUGAGUACUAGGCCAAGCUUUAAACACUGUGGCAAUUGGAGAAAGGGUGAAAAAGUUCCUAGUUUUCUUGGCAGGAGCAGAUAAUGGGUUAAAGACUUUUGUAUUCAAUGUCGACAUGCACUGCAAUUGCAAUGGCUGCAUCAAGAAGAUCAAUAAUGGUAUAAAAAAGGAUCAGCCUUUCAGAAGGGCUGGAGUGGACCGAUCUGAUAGUGGAUAAAGCAGAGGUGAAAGUGAUCGGGACAAUGGAUCCACAGAUACGUACACAAAGCACAGUAUCUGAAGGUGGUAGUGCGACAUCUCGGCAACCAGACGUACGCCCCCAUUUCAUUUUUUUUUCUAUUUAUGCUUAUAAGCCAAAAUUUAUUUAUUUUUUCUAAUUUUAAA